AAAAGUUGAAUUACUUGAAAUUUAUUUAUUUACACCACGACUUGUAUUAUUCUGUGUCCAAGGUUUGCGGCCAGGAGAACUUAGGCACUUUCAUAAUAAAUCACCAAAUACAUAAAUAAAUAUUACGUUAUAAAAUCUUAUAAAAAAAGUGUCUCCUUUUGUUAAAAUCGAUGUUUAUACGAAUUUUGUCUUUUUUUUGCUUCAACCUAAUCAAAAUGUAGGAUAUUCAUGAAUGUAAAGGCCUUGAAAAUUGUUAGAUAUGUAAUUUGUAUAUGUACUAAUACAAUUGGGGUCAGCCUGUGUAGGCAGGAACUCAUAUCCUGUUUCGAACAGGUCGGCGUACCUAAUUAUGUCGACUGGGGAGGAAUAAUAUUAUCGCUUCUUGUCAAUCGAUGCUCUCUUUGGACUCCGCUCUAUUUGCCAUCACGUGCAAUAAAGUCACUGUGUCUUGCUCGUGUAAAACAAUGUUGUAAGGCAUUUAUUACGUUCCCUGCUCACGUUCAUAUUGUGGGACAGUUAGAUAAGGACCUAACUUACGGCUUUUGAGCAUGAUUUCGGCCUGACAACAAUCCUUUUUUAGACCAAUUUCGAAGCCGUCUCGAUGAGUUUUAUUUUGUCUGUGGAUCACAUUUGAUUGAUAUCCUGCAAAGAGUAUUAUAAUAUAUAUGGAAAAUAUCCUCUUUCUUGACAUUUUUCACACUGGUUUUUGUUGACAAUUUCUAACAUAUUUUAUCGAUAUAACAUAUAGAUAUUAACAGAAUACUUAGAUUUGUAUUCUCUUUAUACUUAGUACGAUACGACCAAUUACGACAAAUUGGAAUUUGUAUACUUAGUAAUAAUCAAAGUUACAAUCGCAUUAAAAUAUCUAAAAUUAAUAACAAUCUUUAGUUCCUUUACUUGUCUCUUUGCUGUUACUGAGUGUCUGAAUAAUAUCAAACUAUUGUACAAAAAUGAAUUUCCAUUACUCACCAUCAUUGGCUCCUAUAAAAGUUCUCAUGGUUAAUUCCCUUGCGCCGGCAGCCCAACUUAUUGCCGUUAAAAUAUUAUCGGGCUCGGUAUUUGGCAGUAAUCAAUUAAUUGAUCUUAUCCUUUUAACAUAUUCAAAUGAAAGACAAUUAGCCGAAGCUCUUCAAUUGGAACUGAAAAUGUGCGCAUUUCCAUGCAUGAAUUCUAUAGAAGUAUCUUCGGAUUUGCCUGGUUUUUCAGACGCUGAUGUUUUUUGCUUUAUAACAAAUUUUCCAAAUCCCAAUCGUAUUGACUUUGACAACAUUGACACCGAUGAACAGUUCGACACUUUGUAUUUAAUUAUUAAAAUAGCUAACAACUUGUCGAAACCACAAUCGGCUGCUGAUAAUGCGCUAGAGGAAAGCGGCGCGUUGAAGAAAAAUAAAAAAUCUCAACAGAAAGCCAGGAAGCCAAUAUUUAUUGCAGACGGCUUGGUAGCGAUAGAUAUUCUAAAGUCUUUGUCGAAAAAUAUUCCUCACGAUGUAUUAUUUUGUCCUACAUCUUUGACUUCCAUAGCAAAAUAUACGUUGGGAGAUUAUUUAAAGGUGCAAAGUAAUAAUGUACUAAUUAACAAUGUUCAUGUAUGGGCUGGUAAUGACGAAGUAUUCUACGUUGAGGUACAGAAACCUUAUAUUAUAGACGACAAAAUCAACGUCGAAUCUGAUUGUGAACGCGAGGUGAUCAGUAAAGAUCUAAUGGAGUCUUUGAAAUUAGAUCAUACAAAUUUUAAUGAAGCUUGGAAAAAAGAAUUUAUCGAGAAGAUAAGAACGACAGCUUCUAAGAAUUCCUACGGAUGUAUAUAUAAAGCAGCUCAAAUCACCAAAACUUUGCAUGAAAUUUGGACGACUCGCAUUUACCAAGAUGUGACGAAGUGUUAUUGCAGUAUGGGCGUCGUUAGUGAUGGAUCUUUGGGGACUAUUAAAGGAUGUCCUUAUGUUCUACCGCUAAUAUUCUCAGGCGAAUCUUGGAUAGUCAAUAAAUGUUAUGAAGAUGAUACUCAUUUGAAACAUGAAAUAAAAAGAAUUAACAGCGCCGUUAAAAAACAUCACGAAAAGUUACUGCCUUAUUGUAAAAAGUUUCUCGAGGAAAAUGUUAUUAAUCAAGCUUUCAUACCCGAUGAGGAAAGCUCAGUUUUUUCUAUGACUGAUCACAGCAGUAAGCUCAGUCUCUGAAGUAUUUUAUAACGGAUCUAUAGUACCUUGCACAAUAAGAUACACGGAAUAAAGAGAUUUUUAAAUUGUGUUCUAAAUAAAAAUGAAUUAUAAGUACAAA